AUGGAGCGAGUUCAUUUUCUGCGCUGACCUUAUUCUCCUCUUCUCUCCUCCCGCUUGCUUUCCUAAAGAACGGGACCGAGAUCGACAGAGGAGAGAGAUAGGGAGACCGCUUUGAAGAUCUGCAUCCACGGGAGAUGCCCCCGAAGAGCGUGCUGCUGCCGGUGUCAGAUCCGCCGCCGCCGUCAUUACGGGGCGUGGAUGACAGCGCCCCCGUUUUCCGAGGAUCGGCCAUGACCAAGCGGGGUGCCUUUGCAGCCAUCUCCUACAUGUCCUGCGCAGUUCUUCUAAUUAUGUUCAAUAAAGCAGCUCUAUCUUCAUAUAAUUUCCCUUCUGCUAAUGUUAUUACUCUUUUCCAGAUGAUCAGUUCAACAUGCCUUCUUUACGCAAUGAGGCGAAGGAGAAUUAUUUCUUUUGCAAAUGGUGAAUCACAUAAAUCAGGCUUUGUGCCACUUCAAACCAUGUUGCAUACACUUCCUCUGUCUAUUGCAUACUUACUUUACAUGCUGGCUACAAUGGAAUCUGUACGUGGAGUAAAUGUUCCAAUGUAUACCACACUUAGACGUACAACUGUUGUAUUUACAAUGAUUGUGGAGUACCUAUUGACUAGGCAAAAAUAUACAUAUCCCGUAAUUGGAAGUGUUGUGAUGAUUGUCCUUGGAGCAUUUGUUGCUGGAGCUCGAGACCUAUCCUUUGAUUUUUAUGGCUAUGGCAUGGUCUUCAUUGCUAACAUGGCAACUGCAAUUUAUCUAGCAACGAUAAACCGCGUUGGAAAAUCCAGUGGACUAAACAGCUUUGGGCUCAUGUGGUGUAAUGGAAUUGUAUGCGGGCCAGUAUUGUUAUUCGGGACAUAUCUUCAUGGUGAUUUGGAGCUUACAAUGAAUUUUCCCUAUCUUUAUUCGCUUGGUUUUCAGGUUGUGAUGAUAUUUUCCUGUAUCUUGGCAUUUUUAUUGAACUACUGCAUUUUCUUGAACACAACCUUGAACUCUGCUUUGACACAAACAAUGUGCGGCAAUCUGAAGGAUCUGUUUACCAUAGGACUUGGCUGGUUGUUAUUUGGUGGUCUUCCAUUCGAUACGUUGAAUGUUAUUGGCCAAGCUCUUGGGUUCGUGGGCUCUGGAUUUUAUGCGUAUUGCAAAAUCAAGGGGAAGUAGAAUCUCAUUGGCAAAAUGGGCUCUGAAUUUGCAAUGGAGUUCUGAAGAUCUAACAAGUCUCACCCAUGCAACUUAAAUUCAAGUAAUCCUUGUUUGCACUAAUUUUCAAUGGCAGGCCCGAACCUUUCGUGUAUGUUUCUCCUGAUCCACUUGAUAUAUGGUAGUAUUGGAUCCCAAAGAUAUAUAUACUACUUGCAUAGGUUCCAGGAUCUCAUUAGUUGUGCAGGUUUUGUUCUUGAACAAUGUUAAAUCCUUCAUAAUGUAGACCUCCUAUUACAAUUCCUAUUAUAAUUUAUAGGCGAUUGUGGAUUUUUCGUUUGUGUA